AUGGAGGGAAAACGUAGCUCCCGCAGAAAGGAGCAGAUUUCAUACGAGAUAUCAGAUGACUCGGACAACGUUGACGCCUCUUCCUCGCUCGACUCUACAUUCUCUACGCCUCAGAAGGCUCCUCGGACGCGGGUGAGCAUUAUCGAUCUGGAAGAUGAGCUCGAGGAAAUUGAAUCACCUAAAACUCCACCCCCUCGUCUCUCAUCUGCCGGGCAUGCGUUACGUCAACCCAACGAACUUGCUCUGUCCUUACGGGCACAGGAAAAUGGCGAUAAGCGUAUCGCCAAGAAGAGAAAGAUCACAAAGAGGCAUGCAAAACCGAAGACUAUAUUACAGCCCUCGGCUCCUAAAACAGCUCGUCAGGAACUCCGGAAUUAUGUCAACACGGAGACAGCCGGAAAGAGAUCAAACUUCUUUGUGGCAAAAAAGGACCUCUUCCUACCCUUACUCCCGGAAGGCAACCAUGUUCAGCGCCUUAUGGCUCAACGUCAACAAAGCGGGAAGAGGGAAGAAGAUCUGAGUGUGCCUUAUGAGAUCAUUGAGCAUCAGCCUGCAGGAAUCAAAGCGGACAUGAAGCCCUAUCAGCUACUGGGCUUGUCUUUCCUGAUUUAUCUUCACAGGAAUGGUCUAUCUGGCAUUCUCGGUGAUGAAAUGGGUCUCGGAAAGACCUUACAGACGCUGUCUUUGAUCCAGUACCUGAAAGAGAGUCGAAAGCUUUCAACCUCGAGUGUUGAGCUUCGACCUUGUCUCGUGGUAUGCCCCUUGAGCGUCCUUAGCUCGUGGAUGGCUGAAUCUCGACGAUGGACUCCUGAUUUGAAAGUUUUGAGAUUCCAUGGGUCUGUACAUGAGCGCGACCGACUGAAGAGGAUAGCGAUGGGCGAUAUUGAUACCUUCGGCAAUGAGACCAGAGGAGCACGCAAAAAGAAGAAUGAUCGCCGCACUGCUACUGGCAAGCCUAUCAUUGAUCUAGAUUCCGAUGCGGACGAUGCUCAGGGAGUUGAUCUCAUCGUUACAACAUACGAAGGGUAUCUGGCCGAGCAAGGCUGGUUCAAAAAGGCAUUCCUCUGGAGCUACGUCGUCCUUGAUGAAGGACACAAAAUUAAGAAUGAUCUCAGCUUGGUUUCCAAAGCGCUUCAAGGAUUAGGCGCAGAGUACCGUUUGAUCCUGACAGGCACACCAUUGCAGAACAAUUUAGUAGAAUUGUGGGCCUUGCUCCAUUGGCUCUAUCCUGAGGUCUUCACGGAGAAGACCGCCGAGCUUUUCAGGUCCUCGUUCAACCUUAAUAAGGGACAAGUCAGCACCAAAGUCAUGGACGAUGCUCGGCGCUUGCUUGAGAUCAUAAUGCUCAGAAGGAUGAAGAACAGCCCUGGAGUGGAUCUCAAUCUUCCACCAAAAACCGAAGUACUACUAUACGUUCCUCUAACUCCUAUGCAGAGAUUUUGGUAUAUGAGACUAUUGACUCGCGCCGACAAAGGACUUUUGGAGGAGUUGUUUCAAGGUGCCCAACAAAAGGAGGCCGUUGCUCUCAAACAGGAGUCGGAAGAGGGAGGCAUCUUGCAAGAAAAGGGUAUAGAAGAGCUAGAAGCAUUGGAAAACAAAGCAUACGGAGGGGAAGAAGCCGCGACUGAGUGGCAAGAGACUAAAGAAAUUAUGCGCCAAGCCCUGGAGCACGAACAGCAGGACGAAAACAGGAGUACGGCCUGGAAGAAGCUGAUGAACCUUUUAAUGCAAUUGAGAAAGCACGUGAUCCAUGCAUCAGCCAAAUUUAUCGUACUCGACAAGAUUAUCGAUGAGUUGGUCGUGAAACAAAAGAAAAAAGUCCUCAUCUUCUCUGGCUUUACUCGUAUGCUGGACUGCUGCGAAGACUUCUUGCACCUACGCGGUGCUGGGGAGCAAUUCAAAUACGUCAGACUCGACGGGGGUACUUCGCGCGCCCGACGGAACCUUGGUAUACGCAUGUUCAAUCAGGAAGAAUCCGAGUAUCGGGUUAUGCUAAUCUCGACUCGCGCUGGCGGCCUGGGCAUCAACCUAGCGACAGCAUCCGAUGUCGUUAUGCUCGAUCAGGACUGGAACCCACAGAUCAUGCUGCAGGCUGAAGCUCGUGCUCAUCGCAUAGGACAGAAGAAGCCUGUGACCGUAUAUAAGCUCUGUACACAAGGCACGGUUGAACAGCAGAUGAUGGGCAGAAUUCAGAAAAAGCUUUACCUCUCUGCGAAGGUGACAGAGUCAAUGCGAGAUAUUCAUUUACAGUCGGCAACGAAGAAGAAGAAAGGCCCAGGAGGUAGAGUUGUGGAAGCGGCAGAAGAUGAUAUGCCGCAGCUUGAUACAACCCAGUUGAUGUCCUUGGUCCGACGAGGAGCCCAGGCACUCGCACGUCCAGAACUUGACGUGAACGAGAUGCUGAGUUGGGACUUCUCAACAAUGCUCGAGAAGUGCAAAGAUCAACCCGCCGACAUCCACGUCUCGGGGCAGAUACAAGUCGGUGUCUCUGUGAAGGAAGAAGACGAGAAGAGAUGGUUGGCUCAGAUAGAACAAGUCGAGGCGCGUGUCUUCGAGGGCAAAAAGCAUAUCAAGGUUAGAGAAUCCAAUGGCUACGACGGAAUUGCUCAAGAAUGGUCCAGAGAGGAAAGACGAAUUGGCAAAAACACUACUGUCAUCAUAGAUGGCCAUGUCGUAAGUAAGGAAAGCGCCAAUUGUGCCGACUGGGAGGCUGUGCCAACAAUGGCGGGCAAAGAUCCUCGGCUAGCGGAGCCUAGGCGGGAGAAAAAGCCCGAAGUAGUUAAUCAGGAGGUCUACAGCCGCUGGUGUGAGAGAGGAUUCUGUGAGGACUGUCUCGACUGGGACAAAACGGAACUUCUCGGCGAAAAUCUUAAAGAGUACGAACUACUUGGCUUUCCGGCAGUCCCGCAAGCAUUUUACAUAAAAUGUCCGAGCUGUUUCGACCACCAUGUUGAGACUCCUGAGGCAGCUGAUUAUUGUGUUUAUCAGGCCGAAGAGAUCGAUGCUCGUUAUGAGGUCUUAGUGGAAGCGCAGGCUUUGGUUGCAGCUGCCACACAGGUCGGGAAGAAGCCCGUGCCUCAAACGCCGGCUGAGAGUCUGACCGAUGGGACGACCUUGGACAACAGUUCUGGCAUUAGCACCCCUCGGUUUGGAGACUUUGCAAAUACUACGAGCAGCCGGAAACGCAAAGAUGGCCCACAAUCUGUCAAACAAACGCCUACACCCUCAAAGCGUUCGAAGGGUAUCUCAAUUUAG